UUUGCGCGGCGUUGCUGCUGGGGGCGCCAUCAGCUCUAUGCAAACCAUUUGCGAUUGCGAAGCCAGCCAGCCAGGCCUCCCCACGUCCCCCACGUGUCGGUUAAAAUCUCCUUGGUCUCUGCACGUCGCUUGUCUUGUCCGACUCACACUAUCGAGCAAGCCAGCCGGCGGACGGACCGGCCUCCCCGAAAUCUCUACGCGCUUGAAGACAAGCACCCGCCAAAAACCGCCACGCGCGACCUGGUGGACACUCCUCAACGUUCAGUAUGAGUCAGAACACGUCGUCGUCCACUAAAACGCCAGGUAACCCCAACGGUAAGGCCAAGGCCCGUGCCGGCACCGCCAGGGACGAGGACGUUGACGAAAAAGUGCUACGGCGCCGGCUCCAAUACAAGCUCCACCAGCGGCGUCACCGCGCCAAGCAGAAGCAGAAGGUGUCCACGCUCGAGCUCGAGGUACAGAGCCUGGCGGCUGAGGUUGAUACGCUCAAUCGCCAACGCAACAAUCUCCUGAUCGAAAACAAUUUUUUCGCGUCGCGCGGGAUGACCGGCGGUGUGCCAGCUCGCGUGGCCAUGGAAUACUUCCGGCUGUUCCAGUAUAGUGCAUCUUCGAUGAAUGGCAUCGACCAGCAGGAGCAGUAUCUACGGGCCGUGAUGACAUCGGAGACCGUCGGCCCGGACUAUGUGGGUGUGGACACCGUCGUCACCCAGUGGCGGCUAUUCUGCAACUUCUUCGCGUACACGAGGUACGACCCACUCGCCAUUGACGUUGCGACUGUCGGUGACCUCACUGCUGUCGUGGUCGACUCCAUCUUCAGCGUCCGCGCGCGACGAGACGGUAUCAUCACGCUCUACCCAUCGCUCAACGGCGACCUGGGGCUCACGCAGAAGCUGUCGGGUAGCAUUAUCAACAUCCAGGGCAAAUACCGCUUCACGUUCGAUUCGAACGGGAUCAUCACCUGGUUCAGCGCGGAAUGGGACCUUGUGGGCGCGCUGCAGCAAGCGCUGGGCGGCCUGGCCGACGUCUCCACGGUACUUUCGGGGGCAAACAUCUCGUCGUCUACGGGUCAAAUCCAAGUCGAUGAAGCCCCCGCAGACGAGAUGAAGCCCCGCGUUGACCCUCGGCAUAACGUAGAGUUCCUGCUCUCAUAG